CGAAGUCUUGAGUUGCCCUAUAUUUAUGGGUGGGCUACCGUGCCAAUCUCGGUGCGAUUGUCGGCUGGCUUUGAGAGCGGUCCUCUUAUGUCUUGUCACUUUCCCUACAAUCGCAUAUUCUGAAGAUGAAAGCGCUAAUACGACAGUAGUAGACGCCGAUGACGAGCUAAUUUUUGGUCAUCUGACAUUGACAGCGUUAGUCGUUGCUUCGGUUGCAACAUUCAUCCUUGCGAUAUGCACUGCUGUUGCUUGCUACUAUGAUUUUUCUAAUAUGGACAGUGGCGUUGCAAAACUGGAGGUGUAUCCAGAAACUGAUGAUCUACCAUUACCUGAAGUUUUGCAACCGACAACAUCUGCCGAAACCGAGUAUAGGAGUGAGGAAACAGCAAAGAAGACAUCCGAACUAGCAGCUGAGGCUAAAGAAUUGGAGGAAAUUCUACAACCACCAUCUCGAUCAGAUGCGAUGGCUCGUCAAGCAAAAAUUAUUGAGGCAAUCUGUAACGCAACCGGACGAGAAGUUCCACCGCAGUUCAAAAUGAAAGACAAGUCAGCGGAAAAAAUCAGACUGCCAGAACACAUCCAAGAGACCUUACAAGGAAUAGCAGAUAAAGAUGAGCCAGGUGAAGGAUCUCCGGCAACUUCUCCGAGUCGUCUUGCCAAGAUGGCUAAAGAACUCAGUUUCAAUCUACCCAAGUUAGAGAAAGAGCAGCAAGAGCCUACAGAUUUAACAACAACCACAACAUUGCGUGAUAUAUGGGCAAGACCAAUCGACAGGUCUCGUGCAAGAAACAUCAAACCUAUGCAAGUUGUGGAAACGCACAUACCCUCUGUCCAACCGUUGCAAGUGGCUGCGACUCAGUACUAUCCUGUGCAAGGAACCUCAACACCCCUUGAUGUGGAAGCAACCCAGUAUUAUACAGUACAGACACCAGGAAGGUCGACUGCGGACACACAACGCAGCCCUUUCUCGCAAGGAAGUUCGAAACAGAAUGUGAAAAACGCGCCAGGGCAGUCACAAGCUUCAGCUGCAUCUAAGGCAACCAAAUCCCAAGCAUCUUCAUCACUAGAAGGCAAUUCAACUGAACAACAAUCGUCUAAAAACAAAUAAACAAAUCAAAAUAGUUUUUCAAUUGAACUCUCAACAUUUACUCAAGCAUAGAUAAAUUUGUAUCAUUGUUUAAUGAAGAUUAUUUGCUUGUC